AUGGCAGUGUCAGGACGUAAGUCAUCAGAUUUUAGUGGUUCAGUAUCUAAAGGUUCCGCUGAGGACUUUGACCAUGAAUGUGAACCAUGUUUGGCGAUUGGUCAGCAAAUAGAAGCUCAUGGAUUUUGUGUGGACUGUCAAGAAUACCUGUGUAAGAACUGCUUUGCUUACCAUCAACGGAUCAAAGCCACGAAAAAUCACCAACUUCUUGACAAAUGGAGCACGGGCAAACACACUAGCCAAAGGAAGGAUUCAGUGAUGUGUACUGAAAAGUGUACUCUCCAUGGAAAUAAAACAAUUGAAUUUUUCUGUACUCAGCACGACUCACUUGGCUGCACAGUUUGUAUUACCCUGAACCACAGAGCAUGUAAAAUUGAUUAUAUACCUGACAAAUGUGCAGGUAUUGGGGACACUAAAGAAUACAGGGAGACGAUGAGGAACCUUGAACAGAAAAUGAAAGAGCUUGAUGAAGUAACGAAAAGGGCAAAUGUCGAAGACAAGGAGAUAGAUACAUGCCAUGACAAAGCAUUACAAGAAAUUAUCAAAUUUCGGAAGGAAAUAAAUGAUCACUUAGAUCAACUGCAAAGGAAAAUUCAAGCAGAUAUUGACAAGAAGAAGUCAGCAGACAAACAAAAAGUCCAGGAAGUCAUCAAAAUAUGUUCCAACAUUUCUACAGAUAUCAGCAAACUUAAGUCCAAUCUACAGGACAGCAAAUCUUCCCAACAGCACGGACAACUUUACAUCAACAUUAAACAAGCUCAGUCGAAACUAAUGUCAGAUGAAAUUCAAAAAGCAGAAAAAUCCUUGGCUCAGACAAAGACACAGUAUAUUUUUGAACGCAGCAAAGAUCUAGAGAAUGCAAUAUCAAGGCAGGAAAUAUUUGGGAAGCUGAGUGACCCCACCAACUUGGUUACUCCAAAAAAGAAGAAACCAGUUGACAAAUUAACAUAUAAAGAUGAUAUAAAUGUACGCAUAAAAUCAGAUCAGAAUGACUGUUAUAUUACAGGAUGUGCAGUCUUGUCCUCUCACAAAAUUGUGCUGGCUGAUGAGAAUAACUCUAAACUGAAAGUUGUGGACAGACAAAGUAAAGUCGUGAUAGAAGAGAAGUCACUUGACUCCAAACCAUGGGACAUUACCGUACUGCCUCAAGAUCAGAUUGCUGUAACCAUGCCAAAUAGAAGAGAGAUCUAUUUAAUGUCAACAGCUAGUAAAUUGUCAAUCAUCCACAUACAAGGUAAUGUUCAGAACACAAUUUCCCUCAAUAAUAAGGUAUUUGAUAGCCCUCACUAUAUUGUGUUCAAUGAGGAUUCUAGGCUUAUCUAUAUAAGUAACUAUUUGACACAUAAUGUAGUCAGCAUCACGUUACAAGGUGAUGUAUCUGCCGUAUACGAGUAUAAGGAUGUUAGGAAACCACUUGGAAUGCUGAUGUUAGAAGAUGGCUCAUUGCUGGUUUGCUGCAUGUUCACUGGUAUCAUACAUCGUAUCUCGGGAGACUUGAAGCAAGGUCAGACAAUGAUUGAUGGUCUGACAUUCCCACGGUCCAUAUGUUACAACCGUCAUCUACAAGAAGUCUAUAUUGGUUGUGAGAAUCAGCUGAAGGUGUUCAGUUUGCAAUGA